CGGCGUUCAGCGUAAACCGAAAUUGCCCUAGACAAAAAAUUUUCUGCAAUUCUGAUAAGAAUCUUACCUGAUUCUUAUCAAAUUCUUAUAUAAGAUUACGCAGGAAAGUGAAUGGAGUUUGAUAAGAAUCUUAUAAGAAUCUGAUAAAAAUGUCAUAAGAAUUUCAUAAGAAAGUGAUAAGAAGUUCUUAUCUAUUUUUCAUAAACGUGUUACAAAAUGUUUAUUCCUACCGAAUUUUGAUAAGAAGUUUCUGACAUACUUUGUCCUUGCAAGACUUUUCAGAAGAGUUAAUUUUAAAUUAUUCGGGACAACGACUAAUUUAACGAUUCCGUUUUACUUAGCGAAACAGUAAGAAACUCAAUAUUUGACUAUGAAACAUUCAUGUUUCAUAAUGACUUUGAAGUCUUUAUGCUCGCGAGAGUGCUCUGUCUUUAGUUGUCGAUAUACUCAGAAAAGGAAUUCAAAAAUCUGAAACUGGUCAAUCACAAUGUAAUAUGAGAUGAUCCUUAUUAUCUCAGUCCGUAAUAGCUCAAUGGAUGAGAGCACGGCAUGGCAUGCCAUAGGCCCUAGGUUCGAAUCCUAUGAUUUUUUCAAAUUUUUUUGCACAAUUCAGAUGCACUACUAACUUAGUUUAACUUCUUGAGCAUUUUUCAGAUCGCUUUACAAAACAAGACUUUCAUAAGAAAGUAAUAAGAAGUUCAUAAGACCUCUUACCACUUUCUUAUGACGUUCUUAUCAGAUUCUUAUAAGACUCUUAUCAAACUCCAUUCACUUUCCUGCGUAAUCUUAUAUAAGAAUUUGAUAAGAAUUAGGUAAGAUUCUUACGUGAAUCUUAUUGGGUACUUAUAAGUUUCUUAUAAGAUUCUUAACUGAUGCUUAUAUAAGAAUCGACGCCUAGAGUGAAGGUUUUUUUCUUUCUAAAAACCGUUUAAAAAAAUGAUAAAAAAGGAUGUCGUGUAUGUUUCUCGGCGCUCAUAUGAAGGAAAAACAGCGGUGUCAGCCUUUCCGUGUGAGGAGAGAAGAAGAAAGAAAGGAAGAGGAAUAUCAUUUUAAUCAUCAUUUUAAACUGUUUCAAGAGAGAAAAGCACUUCGGUUUUUUCGGUAAACCGAAACCGGUGUAUAUUUAGUUUCAGCUACAUGCUGAAAACAAGAAAAUCACUUUGACGAGCUCACAGAAGGGCUCCCGAAACUUCGGUUUUUGAAGGUAUAAGAGUAAACAAAUCAGUAUUUGUCGCCCCCUAUAUCUAUGGAAAGAAACUUUUUCAAAAGCUGGACGCAGUCUCAUUCUGUUCAGAAUUUUGCCGCUCUUUCCAGCAAUGUAUUUGAAAAGUUUUCCUGAAAAUUCUCAGAGUUUAACUUGACGGCAGUUUUCGAAAGAUCUUUGACGAUUCAGCUAUGCCAAACUUUUGAUUUUUAGAUUCUAACGGCGAACAGUACGCAAAAAUGCAGUUUCCUUUCUAGCGCAGUUUGGUAGCUAAGGAAGCAAAGAGAAGGAAGAAAACUGAAGUUUAAAAAAUACACCGUAAGAUUUCGUAAACGUCUAGUGUUAGGCUUUGAACGUAAUCAGAACUCAAUUCGAAGCGCAUAGUGAGAAAGAGGUUUAAAAAGUGCAUCGAGCCGUAUUGUUUUAAGAAAAAAAUACGUCAGGCUUGUUCCAAAGCAACAUGGCUUGAUAGUCAUGGUGUUCGUCAUGUAUUUCAAAGGUACCGUCUUCGAACCUCGACGCUGGCAAAGUCGUGGGGUAGCCUUGGACAAGUUACUAUGCCUUAGCGCGUCGGAUCACCUGUCCGACACCAUACUCACUGCGUUGUGACGUACAACACAGCUUCUCUGGCGGCUUCCAGAAAGCUAUUAUGUCGUUAGUGAGUGUGUGUGGGGAAUUGGGCGAAAGUACUCUGCGUCAAGCUAGCCUUCUAGCCAGAGCUGCAGACUGACGCCUAGUAACGAUAUGGGUGGCCAUGUCAGAAAUUUGUCAACUUCAGGGAAGAUAUCGGACUGUUGAAACUGCUAUUCUCAUUCUCUUUUCUUAUCAUCUAUGGACGGACGUAUAUUCUAACCACUGAGUGUAGUAGCCAUUUUUAUUUGCAAAUUUUUUAAACUGCAUUUACUUAAUCCCAUGGGUGAUCGCCGUCUUAACAUUGGUUAUAAACGAAACUUAACAUCGUCGAAAUCGCCUGCCCCUAUAUUAUAGGUAAAUUCUGAUAUGGAUAAUAUUACAAAUGUAUUAAAAUCUCAGGAAUUCGUAUCGAAAAUUGUUACAGCUGUGAUAUCGCAAGAUUCAUUAAUUAGCUCAAUCGUUCAAAAUGUACUCAGCAGUAAUCCUUUCCAACAGAUGAUAAAUGAAAUUAUUCAACAAAAGGUAGCUCCACUGGAAACACGUAUGCAACAGCUAGAAGAAAUGGUUCAAGAUCUACAAGAAAGAAAUGACUAUCUCAACUAUAAAACAAACGAUUUAGAACAAUAUCAAUGUGCAUUGCGUAUCUAUGGAAUAGCUGAAAACAAAGAAGAACAUACCAAUGCUAUCAUUAAAGAUAUAGGUAAAGUAAUGGGUGUGAAAGUUGAAGACAAUGAUAUUUUAUGCGUCUGA